ACCCCCUUCAGGAUCGAAACGAGUCCAUUUUGCGCUCUCUCUCUCUCUCUCCCCCUCGGAAAAGCAGCGAAAUUUUCUCAAGGUUUCCGCCAUUGUUCCUAAAUAUAUGCAUUUGCAAUCGUGUGUGUUGAUUCGUGAUCGCUAAAAAACCUAUCUUUGUUUGAAGAUCAUCUCUCCGACAGGAGGAGAAUCUUCGCCUCCAGCAGGAUGAGAUAGUUCUGACCUCAAUAGUAACAAAGUCUUCCAGCGCUUCAAAUCCUGUACUACCUUUCUCAUCAUGAUGGGGUGUUUCAGCUUUCCGGCCAGAAAACCAUCGGGAAAACAGUCACAGAAGGGAAAACAUCUUCCUCGGCAUGAGGACCCAAAGAUUCUUGCUUCUCAAACAGCUUUUAGUGUUAGUGAAGUUGAAGCACUAUUUCAAUUAUACAAGAGCAUAAGCUGUCUUGUAACUGAUGAUGGGCUGAUCAACAAGGAAGAAUUCCAACUGGCUUUAUUUGAGAACAGAAAGAAAGAUGAUAUAUUUGCAAGCAGGAUCUUUGAUCUUUUCGACGUGAAGAAGAAGGGGGUUAUAGAUUUUGGCGACUUUGUUAGGUCACUAAACGUUUUCCACCCUAAUGCCCCAAAAGAAGACAAAAUUAAUUUUUCUUUCAAGCUUUAUGAUAUACAUGGAACAGGAUUCAUUGAGCGCCAAGAGGUUAAGAAAAUGUUAAUUGCACUGCUAUGUGAGACUGACCUGAAGCUAGCUGAUGAAAUCAUUGAGAAAAUACUGGAUAAUACAUUUUCCGAAAUAGAUGAAGGUUGUAAGGGAAAGAUCGAUGAAUCAGAAUGGCACACUUUUGUUAACCGUCAUCCUUCUUUAUUGAAGAUUAUGACUCUUCCAUAUCUAAGGGAUAUUACAAUCGGUUUUCCAAGCUUUUUGUUCAAUUCUGAGGUCGAGGAGAUCCACGAUUGACAAUAGACAGAAUGGUCGAAAUGGACGCAAUGAGUUAUCGUCAACUUUUAAGGAUGGAAUGGAACAACUGAACAGUCCUAUCCCUCCAGACCCUACUUUCGAAUGAGAUAUUAUGGGUACGUUAGGUUUCAAAAGGAACCGUUCUAACAGUGGCGAAAGUAUAACCCGAAACCUUCUAUAUCUAUAUGGCUGCAUUGUAAUGUGCUGUAGAAAUAGAGAUUUGGUUAAACUUGGCAUUUGUUAUUUCCCCUCUUUAGUGUCUUAUACUUCAUGUUAUUGUUUCAAUCUUUUUUUGUCAUCCAUGUAAAUGAAAACUAUGUGUUGAAAUCAUGACAAAAUCUUAUGAUCC